GGCAAAGAGGGCGGAUUCAUAAUAAAAGCUGGGUCAGGAAAGCGUGCCGUCAUCCAAAAGACACGUUCCUUAUUUGCAAUUUCAAUUGCCUAAAAGCAUUCUUUCAGUGUGAUUUACAGAAAAAUCUCAUAGAUACACCUAAACUGAGAAUCGCGCCGUUCACAGACUGUAUUCGAGAGAAUGGCAACUUUUGAACAAGCUCCAGCAGGUGAUCCUAAAGCCGGAGAAAAGAUAUUCAAAACCAAAUGCGCUCAAUGUCACACUGUCGAAAAAGGUGCUGGUCACAAACAAGGUCCCAACUUGAAUGGGCUAUUUGGGAGGCAGUCUGGUACAACUCCAGGUUACUCUUACUCUGCUGCUAACAAGAACAUGGCUGUGACAUGGGGAGAGAAUACACUAUAUGACUACUUGCUCAACCCUAAGAAGUACAUCCCUGGAACAAAAAUGGUUUUCCCUGGGUUGAAGAAACCACAGGAGCGCGCAGAUUUAAUAGCUUAUCUCAAGGAAGCAACUGCGUGAAAACUUUCCUCUACAGAAGCAUGAUAAUACUUUUUGGUAGUGGCCUAGGGAAUAGUUUGGUCAUUGGUGCCAGUUAUAGUUCAAUUCUUUGUUACAGUCUUGUUAUUUCUCCAAUAAACUAGUCCAAGCGGAUCUUUAAGACAUCUCUCUAGUUGAACUAAAGCUGGUAACGAGGAAUUUUGUCAAGAUAACAGUUACUGUCUUCCAAACAUUUAUGUGCUUACAGAUGUGCCUUAGCAUCAAAUGAAAGACUGCAUUCUUAUCCAGUGAGUUGUUUAGUCCUGGAGUUUUUCAUUUUUUUUAGUUAAUUGAAUUGACCUAGAAAAGGAAAAAAGAAAAUUGGUUUCUGGAUCA